AUGUCAUACAAUGACUUUUCUGGUACUCUUCCAUUAGAUAUGGGGAAUUCACUUCCCAAUCUUGAAAGGCUUCUUUUGUCUCAUAGAAGACUUAGUGGCCAAAUUCCAAGCUCUAUCACCAAUGCUUCUAAACUUAUCAUCUUGGAUAUGUCUGCCAACUCUUUUAGUGGCUCCAUACCCGACUUCGGUAGAGUGCACUUCUUCAUAGGUGGCCUUAGAGUCUCAGCAAGGAAGUAUGGCAUCCUUAAAUUGGUCGAAGCUCUUAGGAAGGGAGUUGAGGAGCAUCAUGGCUUUAUCUUCAUUUUUGAUAGCUUCAUCAAUGUUUUCAAGAUCUUCUACACACUUAGCAAACUCUUCAAGCUGUUCCCCAAUAUUCUCCGAAUCAGAGAAUCUAAAGGAGUUCCAACAGAAAUCUUUCAGGACUUAAACAUUGCAAACGCUUCUCUAACCGGAGAUAUUCCAUCUUCAAUCUUCAACAUGUCUUCCUUAACAUACUUGAGUUUCUCUCUUAAUAGUUUAUCAGGAACUAUCCCAACUUUUAGGAAUCUACCAAAGCUUGAAAAGUUAUAUCUUUAUAAUAACAACCUGACAGGUGAAACUCCAACAUCUAUCACCAAUGCUUCUCAGCUUGAUGAUAUAUACUUGAGCAGUAACUCAUUCACCAGUCCUGUUCCCGACUUUGACUCGCCGAAUCAAGAAUUUAGAUUUCUAUCUUCUCUAUCAAACUGCCGCAAUUUGACGUUCUUGGAUAUUAGCAACAAUCCAAUGAUGAAUGGUAUCCUUCCAGCUUCUGUUGGAAACUUUUCUACUUCUCUUUCCACCUUAGCAGCAUCUAACUGCAGCAUCAGAGGUAUAAUUCCUCAUGAAAUUGGAAACUUGAGGCAUUUGGAAGUUUUGGAUUUAUCCAAGAAUCAAAUCACAGGAUUCAUCCCAACUACGUUUCAAAUGGGUUGUAACCUUAUGUCACUCAACUUGAAUGUUAAUAAGUUGGAAGGAUCAUUACCCCAAUCCAUUUGCAAUUGUCAUACGCUGCAAGUUCUUGAUAUUGGAAACAACAGAAUACAUGGCACUUUUCCAGUUUGGACCGGAAAUCUCUCUGAUCUUCGCGUCCUCAUAUUGACAUCCAACAACUUUAGUGGUACCAUUUCUUCUCACACUUCCAAGGCUAUGCUUCCAUUCCCUAACCUGCAAGUUUUUGAUGUAUCCCAUCAUGAAUUCGCUGGCAAUCUUCCCCAUGAAUAUUUGAGGAAUUUCAAAGGGAUGGUGGAUGUGCAAAAGAAUCAUCGAGGACACAGGUCUCCAUUUUAUACAGAUUCAUUGACAAUAACAGUGACAUUAACAGUGAAAGGCAUUGAUAGAGAAUACAAGAGAAUUCUGAAAACCAUGACAACAAUUGACAUGUCAUCCUACAGAUUCUCAGGAAGUAUCCCAAACAUCAUAGGAAAUCUGAAUUCCUUGAUAUAUCUGAAUCUGUCUCACAAUUGCCUCAUAGGAGGUAUACCUGCAUCUCUUGGAAAUGUGACAGAACUCGAGUCGUUGGACCUGUCUUCAAACCAAUUGGAAGGGGAAAUUCCUACAUAG